UCCCAGUGGAAGAAUUUCGUGUAAAGCGGACAUUAAAAAGGCAAAUAUUAGAGCGUAUGGCAGCAGGAUGUUUGUCGAUGUUUGUUCUAAAAUGCCUGCAAACUGAAGAAGAGACGAAGCAAAGCUAUUGGUCCAGGUUGGAAGGACUUUUUUUUUUUUUUUUUUUACCUGACAGGUAGAGGAGGACAGGAGCGGGGAGGGGAGAGACCGUCUCGGAGAGGGGCAGGGAGAAAAGACGCGGGGCGAGAAAAGUCGACUUACCUGUAGCCCAACUUCUGGCAAACUCACUCUGCUAGCUGCUCCGACUUGAAAGUCCAGUUUCACAAGGAAGAACCGUAGAGGAAGCCAAAAUAUGUCACAGGAGACAGACAAUAAGCGUUUGGUGGUGGUCGUUCCCAAUGAGAGCUCUUUCCCCGCCGUGCGGCGCGCUUACACCAGCGAGGAUGAGGCGUGGAGGUCGUACCUGGAGAACCCACUGACGGCUGCCACCAAGGCCAUGAUGAGCAUCAAUGGGGACGAGGACAGUGCCAAUGCCCUGGGGCUGCUGUACGAAUACUACAAGGUGCCCAAAGAAAAGAGAGUUUUGGCAAUCCCCAAAGUUGCUGAAAUUCCUGAAGACCCGGAGAAAAGGCCAUUGUUGCCAAACAACCCCACCAGCCAAAAUGACACAGAAACUCUGGACAACCGUGUCCAGGUCCUAAAAUCUGUCCCGGUCAAUCUCUCACUCGGCACCGACCACCAGGAUCCCAAACUGUGCAGCUCAACGGGGGAGGCCCCAGCGGACGGAGACCCUCCAGCCGUGGCCGUGGUCAAGGCCGAGGUGUACGCGCCCGUCUUCAUGGCGGGACCCGGCCUCCACUACCGGGUGGAAGGAGAGGAGCGGGUGGUCUACGAGCAGAGUCCGUACGAAGUGACCACCGUCAACCACAGCUCGUACGUGAAAGAGGACCAGCAGAGUCCGCCUGACAGCCCGUACGAGGAGGAGACAGACGGGAAGUACCACUCACCUUCCUCUCUCGCUACAGACGACUUCUUAUUUCAUCAGGAGGGAGCUGGCAGUUUUCAGUAUACGUUGGACGCCACUCGCUCGCUGCGCCAGAAACAAGGCGAGGGACCCAUGACUUACCUAAAUAAAGGCCAGUUUUAUGCCGUGACGCUCAGCGAGCUCAGUGCCAACAAGCGCCUCCGUCACCCCAUCAGCAAAGUCCGGAGUGUAAUCAUGGUGGUGUUCAGCGAGGACAAGAACCGAGACGAGCAGCUCAAAUACUGGAAGUACUGGCAUUCGCGGCAACACACGGCCAAACAGCGGGUCCUCGACAUCGCUGAUUACAAGGAGAGCUUCAACACAAUCGGGAAUAUUGAAGAAAUCGCCUACAAUGCCAUCUCCUUCACCUGGGAUGUGAAUGAAGAGGCCAAGAUCUUCAUCACCGUCAACUGUCUGAGCACAGACUUCUCCUCCCAGAAGGGGGUGAAGGGUCUUCCUCUGAUGAUCCAGAUCGACACGUACAGCUACAACAACCGCAGCAACAAGCCGCUCCACAGGGCGUACUCGCAGAUCAAGGUCUUCUGUGACAAGGGAGCUGAGAGAAAAAUAAGAGAUGAAGAGAGGAAAUUACUGCGCAAGAAGUCGAAAGGGAAAGAUGGCGGUGUCGGGGUCAUAACUAUUCCCAAAAAGUCAGACGUCACUUUCUUCAAGACCUUAACGGACUUGGAGGCCCAGCCGGUCCUCUUCAUCCCCGACGUUCACUUUGGUAACCUGCAGAGGGCUGGACAGGUGUUUACGUUCAACGCAGAAGAGAUUGACAGAGAAGGGAGCGUGUUGGUGAAGAGGAUGUUCAGGCCUUCUGAUGAGGACCUGUGCCCGUCACCGCACAAACAGAGCCGGGAGGAGAUGCACAAACGAGUGCUGCUGUACGUCAGGAAGGAGACGGAUGAAGUGUUCGAUGCUCUGAUGCUGAAGUCUCCAACCCUCAGAGGACUGAUGGACGCUAUAUCAGAGAAGUAUGGCGUGCCCACAGAGAGGAUUGCCAAAGUGUACAAGAAAAGUAAAAAAGGAAUCCUGGUGAACAUGGACGACAACAUCGUCGAGCACUACUCCAACGAAGACACUUUCAUCCUCAGCAUCGAGAACAGCGCCGACGCCUUCAAGGUCAUUCUGACGGAGAUCUGACGGUUCGCCCUCGGAUCUCAACGCCUGCAGGAGAAACUUCUGAUGAGUUGAUGGACUUUACUUCAAACCUCUGAAUCCCCCGAUUCCCACACUACACUUACCUCUAUGAAGCAUUUUCUAUUUCCUAUGCAGGAUGAUAAAAAAAAAACAAAAAAAAAAACGGACGUUCUUGUGAAUUGAUAGAAGAAAUGCUGGACUCCAUGCCCACGUACUUCGGUUUUACUGAAUAUUUUUACUGUAUAAACUCUUUGUAUAAAAUAAUUAUGUACAGACGCGUUUUUGCCAAAUGUCACGUCAGAAGUAGCCACUUAAAUAUAUCUGAUGUGCUGUAUGUAGCCGCAGCUUUAAUUUACUUAGUUGAUUCCAAGUACAACUUAGCAGCUUUUUUUUUUCUGCAUGCCAAACAUUGUUUUUGCUAGAAGUGUCAUUAUUUAUUAUUAUUAUUUUUUUGUAUUUCUAUACGUAUGAUCCAAGAAUUUCAAGUAGAUUUCUUCAAAAUCAAAGUAAAUGAAUUUUAAAAUUGUUUGACGCUCUCGUCUUUCAGCCACAUGGUAAAAGCUACAUUUUAUUUGGUAUGGUUUUUAAAACGUACGAAUGAAAUACUUCAUUUGUAAAUGGAGAUGUAAUAUAAGUACAGCUGUUUUGAAAAUAUAAUAAAAACAAACGGAA